AACUAACAUAGACUUAAGCUUAAUUAAGAUCUAACUGGAACAAGGCUACCACCCUACUAACUUCUAGUCCCCAUUUUAAUUCAGGCAUACAUAAGUUGGCAGUUUUUAAAUUUAUUUAGUAGAUAAUGCUUAUUUUUUUAAGGCAACACAUGGCUUUGUAAAGUAUGAGUAGUUAGUGUUAUAUGGUUUAGUAGUUUUAGUUUUACCAGAAAUAAUGGGUUCCUGUAUUAAAAAUAUCGGCUAAAAUAAAAAGCAAGUGGCUUUUGUCCACAUUUUCGACAAACUACAUACAAUUGUGAUAUAGAAAUCCUAUUGUAGUGAAAAUUAACGUUACGAAAUCGCGUGCAUUCGAAUCGCGAGAUUGAAAGUUAAAAAAUGUUAACAAAUAAAGAAAACUAUUCGGCAACGUUUGCGAUAAAAUAUUAACUUUCGGCGGCAGCGUGACGAAACGUGCGAGGAAAAAGAAAUUUCAUGAGUGAGUUAGGAACCCCAGCGGCCGUUGUCGAGUAAAAGUUCCGCGCAACAUUCCGACCGUACAGUGAAUUAUUCAUUCACUCAUUAUUUCUGGUAUCAUUAUUUUUUAUUCGCCUCGUAGUCUAGAUAGCUCGUAGCUAUGUUUCGUAAAAUUACGCUUAGAAUGCUGGCAACAUCGUCGCAUAGUCUAGAGAAGAGAGAUUACGUUAUAAGGGAGCUCGUAGACACGGAAUGCAAUUACGUCGACGUACUCAGUAAAAUAAUUAAAUACUUCCUGAGGCCGUUGACACCGUACCUCAAACCUCAAGAUUUGCAAGUUAUAUUCUUUGGUAUAAAGGAGCUCCACGAGACCCAUACUGGUCUGCUUCGUCAGCUGCGAUUAGCGACAGAAGCGUGUGUGCCGGGCGGGGGCGCGCCGCGGCUCGCAGACGUAUUCCUAGCGUGGCGCGAACGCUUGCUGCUCUAUGGCGACUAUUGCUCCAAUCUUACACACGCACAGGACACCCUCAAAACACUAGAAGCCAGAGACAACGCCUUCGCUAAACAAUUAGUGAAAUGUCAAAAGGAACACAGCGAUGGGCGUAUACAGUUACGCGAUAUACUGUCGGUGCCGAUGCAGCGCGUGCUAAAGUACCACCUUCUGCUCGACAAACUGGUGCACGAGACGCAGCCGAAUCACGAAGAGUUCCGUGGACUGGAGCGUGCGAAAGAGGCAAUGGUUGAUGUGGCGCAGUACAUCAACGAGGUGAAGAGAGACAGCGAAGUAUUAGCGCUACUCUCCAAAGUACAGGAGAGUAUAAUAGAUUGGGAAUACGGGGACCCAGGCGCGGGCGGGGCGGGGCUGGCGGCGUACGGCCGGCUGCUUCUCGACGGCGAACUCAAAGUGAAGGCUCACGAGGACCAGAAACUGCGCUCGCGAUAUGUAUUCGUUUUCGAUAAGCUCAUGCUGCUCUGUAAACCAAUUAAGGAUAACCAGUACUCGUACCGUAUCGGUAUGCGUCUGGCGGAGUACCGCGUGGAGGAGGCGAGCGCGCGUCGCACGCUGCGCGGGGAGUCGCGGUGGGCGGCGCACUUCUACCUCGUGCGGCGCAACAAGCGCGCCACCUUCACACUGUACGCGCGCACUGACGACUGCCGCCGAAAGUGGAUUAAGGCCAUCAAAGAUGCCAUAGACAAUCUGGAACCUUCCGGAUGCCGCAGCACCAAUCACAAGUUCGUUCUGCACACGUUCGACAAGCCCGCCACCUGCCACCACUGCUCCAAGUUUCUCAAAGGCAGGAUAUUUCAGGGCUACCUGUGCUCGGUGUGCAACGCGUGCGCGCACAAGGACUGCAUCGCGCUGUCGGGGCGCUGCGGCGGCGGCCUCGCGCCCGCGCCCCCGCUGCCGCCGCACGCGCACCAGCCCGACCAGGCGCUUCACUACUACAUGUGGUAUGUGGGUGAAAUGGGUCGUGAGACGGCGACUGCCCGUCUGGAGCGUCGCGUGGACGGCACGUUCCUGCUGCGCGUGCGGCCGCGCGCCGCGCUGCACUCGCCCACAGACACGCACUAUGCGCUUUCACUCAAGACGGACAAUACAGUGAAGCACAUGCGCGUGUGCCGCAAGCCUAUAGACCAGGUGCCGCACUACUACCUCUCGGAGUCCCGCUUCUUCCGCAGCGUCGUCGAGCUCGUCUCCUACUACGAGCUCACCAGCCUCGCUGAGAACUUUGUUGGUCUAAACUCGAACCUUCGCUGGCCGUUCCGGCGGGUGGUAGCAACGGUGAUCCACGACUUCCGUCCGCUGGAGGUGUCGCAGCUCGCGCUGCGCCCCGGCGCCAAGCUGCUCGUGCUCAGCAAGGAGGGCGACAGCCGCGGCUGGUGGAAGGGCAGGACACUAGACAAGGUUACCUCACCAACUGAUAUACCGCAAAUAAUUUACUUUUAGUAAAGUUUCCAUAUU